UUGCCUCGUUAUUUUAACCCAUCUAGAUUUGAAUCACCAACUAUCCUCAUUCCUUCACUUCUCUCUCUCAAACUCUUCAAAAUUUGGACAACAAUGGCUCAAAAGCACUUGCGAGAGCUACUGAAGGAGGAUCAGGAACCCUUCCUUCUAAAGAACUACAUUUCAGAGAGGCGUAGCCAACUGAAAAGGCCUUCCCCAAACACAACUUUACAACUGAAGAAACAAAAGCCAAAGCCCCCAAACUUCCCCAUUAACCUCUGCAAAAACGCAUGCUUCACAACACCAGACAUCACAAAAUCCCCUCUCUUCGAAUUCGCAUCCCCAUCAAAGAGCCCCGCCAGCACUGCAGCACUACUCCUCGAAGCCGCACUAAGGAUCCAAAAACACUCAAACACAAAACCCCACAACACCACCUUCGGCCUAUUCGGGUCCUUCUUCAAGAGACUAAAGAACCGAAAGAAGGAGAUAGACGGUGGCAAGGUGUCGGUGAAGGAUAUCUUAAGGUGGGAUUCUUCUAAAAAAGGUUGUUCUAAGAAGAACCACGAUGAUGUCGCCGAGGUGGUGGGAUCCAUGUGUUCUUGCAAUGGAAGGCCUAGUAGUGCUCUUUGGUCGGAGAGCAACGAGGACAAAUCGUUGGACUUGGAAACUUCGAGUAGUGAACACUCUGUUGAAGAGAUUGGGUUUGUGAAGAAGCAGGAACAAAGCGCUCAGUGUUCUUCCUUCGAUGAUCACAGCUUCUUCUGUGAAGGCCCUUUUCGUUUUGUCCUCCAACAGAGCCCCUCCUACUCUUCCGGUCAUCGUACGCCGGAAUUUUCAUCGCCGGCGGCGUCGCCGAGUCGCCACAGAACACAGGACAAAGAAAGUAAUGGUGCUGAUGGCGUCAACAAAUUCCAAUCGGGGGAAGUAGAGGAAGAUAAGGAACGGUGCAGUCCAGUGUCUGUUUUAGACCCACCCUUCGAGGAUGAUGAUUAUGAUGAUGAUGAUGAUGAUGAUGAUGGGCAUGAAAACGACGAUAUUGAAGAGGAUGGUUUUGAUUUGGAGUGUAGCUAUGCCAAUGUACAACGAACUAAGCAGCAGCUAUUAGACAGGCUUUGUAGAUUUGAGAAACUUGCAGAGUUAGAUCCAGUAGAACUUGAGAAAAGAAUGCUAGAUCAAGAAGAGAACAAGUAUGAAACAUUUAUUGAAGAGGAAGAUUAUGAAGACAAUGACAGGGAAAGAUCAUGUGAAGAAAAGGCCCAGAGAGAGAUAGUCACUGAAAUCCUCUGCCAAUCAAGAGUUCAUGACAAAUGGCAAGCCCCAGAAGAGCUUAAGGGACUUGUUUAUGAUCUCAUUAUGGAGGAAGAGAGAGAACUUAGUUCUUCACAUGACAGGAACAUGGUUAUAAGAAGGGUUUGUAAGAGGCUGGAAUUGUGGAAAGAAGUGGAGUCCAACACCAUUGAUAUGAUGAUAGAAGAGGACUUUUCUAGAGAGGAAGGUAGGUGGAAGAAAAAUGCUGAGCAGAGAAUGGAGCUAGCUGGGGAACUUGAGGUUGCAAUCUUGUGCUUUCUAGUGGAGGAACUUUCAGAGGAACUAGUUUGUUAAUGCGGGCAAAUUUUGAAGCAGAAGAAGAACUUAGUAUGAGUGAUUAUCUUAAUUCUUUUCAUUAGAAGAGCAUAGUCUAAUUUGCACCUUAUUCGCAUAGGCUAGUUA